GUUUCAGCCACAAGUUUCAACUUUGUUUACACUUGGGAGGAGGGCGAGGGUGGCUAGUGAACGAGGCACUUUACUAGGUCCUGGAGGCUACAGCGAGGAGUAACGAGCGAGUUUUAGAACAGUAAAGACUUGCUUUAACCAAUAUGGAGGCGGCCAAGAUAAAGAUACCAUCGGGGAAGUUGCCCAGUGACACACUCUGCCACUUGGAUGACGAUGAUCUCGCAAUAAAGAUCAGAAAUUUAAUGCAACAAAAAGAGGAACUUCAGAACAAAAUUGACCAAAAAGCUCUAUCAGCGGAUGCGUGGCUACAGGUUCUAAACAGCUCAUCAACCACCGAGAUUGAAGAACUUGCAGUCUCUCUUCCCUCCGUUACUGCCAUGAUGACAAGGCAGCAAGAGGUUCUGAAAAACUACCUCAAGGUUUCAACGGAGCUGCAGGCCUACACAUUUCUAGAGAGUACAGCUGCGUACAUAACAGAAGGAGGAGACAUAUUGCUGAAAUUUUUGCGGCCAUCACGUCAGGAACAAUUUUCAACACUCCUGAUAUCACUCAACACAAGUAAUGAGGCUACGUACAGCGUGCGCUAUCACAACAUGCCAGAAAUUGUGCCGGUUGCUAAAUACGAGGAACAAUAUCUGAAGAAUGUACGUGUUGAAGCGGAUAAGAAUGAGAGACUCAAAAAGUUCAUCACAGCCAUCACUCAGUACACGAGAGCACUCUACACACGGCAAGAACAGAUCGUUUCUGUGGAGAAAUCGGAAAUCUUGGAAAACACUCACGUGCACCACAGCAGCGGCUGCACCUUUCUGACCUUCUUGGUGGAAGUGAAGGAGCAUAUUGACAAGGGUUCGUCAACAUUUGAGUUCAGUCUUGAUUACUAUCCACUGGACAUCCUCCCUUAUAAUGUGAAAGCCAGUCAUUUAGCUGGAGAAGCACCAUCUUCAGGUCUGAUGGAGAUUAUGCAAGACAUGGCACUUGACAUGAAGAGUGAUCCUCUGCCCCAGGUUCUGUAUGCUGUGCUUGGAGGCCAAGCACAGGAGCAGUCCAGUGAGCAGGAGUCUGGCGAAAGUGGCAGUUCGGUGGAAACUGUUAUCUUUGGCUUCAAUCAUUAGUGAGUGCUUUGAUUAUAUGUUAAGAUUACAGAUGUUGCCUUUUUUCUCUUUAUUGUAAGAAUGAUUAAAUACAGUAUUUACCUUUAAUUUUA